CACGUAACCGCAGAGUAGCCAUGGGGAAGGGCUUCGCUGGCGGCUCUCCCGCACCCGGUCCCGCAUCCAGCACGGGAGGGUGUCACCCACGCUGGACCACGCAGCACCCUGUCAGGCGGGACCGCAUCCAAAACCUUCCUGAGCGGACUCCGAGCUCCGCCAUGCCCCGGGAUGCCCCCGAGUCCCUCGGGGAUUGGCCCCGGGGAGCCGCGGGGGCUGAGUCUGCCUGGCCGAGCACCUCCCCGCGAGUGGGCACCGCGUGUGCCCCCGCGAGUGGGCACUGUGGGUGCCCCCGCUCCCUCACGCGUCUCUCAUCCCGUCGGGACCCGCCGUGGGGUCACCUUCAGCCCCGCUGCUUUCGGAUUCACCCGGAGCUGAUGAAGAAUUGAGAUUAAACCUGGAGCAGCUGGGCAGCCUAGGAAGGACUUCCCUGCUUCAGUCUCUACCAG